UUACCCAUGGAUGUAUAGUCUCCACAAUCAAACUGUUUCUUCCAGAUGGAAUGGAAGCUCGAUUGCGAUCAGAUGUUAUCCAUGCUCCAUUACCAAGUCCUGUUGACAAGGUUGCUGCUAACACUCCCAGUAUGUAUUCUCAGGAAUUGUUUCAGCUUUCACAGUAUCUACAGGAAGCCUUACAUCGGGAACAAAUGUUGGAACAGAAGCUGGCAACCCUUCAGCGACUACUUGCUGUCACGCAAGAGGCUUCCGAUACUAGUUGGCAGGCUUUAAUAGAUGAAGACAGGCUGCUAUCAAGAUUAGAGGUUAUGGGAAAUCAGUUACAGGCGUGCUCAAAGAAUCAAACAGAAGACAGUAUACGAAAAGAGCUUAUAGCAUUACAAGAAGACAAACACAAUUAUGAGACAACAGCCAAAGAGUCCCUGAGGCGGGUCCUUCAGGAGAAAAUUGAAGUAGUCAGAAAACUGUCUGAAGUGGAGCGGAGUUUAAGUAAUACAGAAGAUGAAUGUACUCACCUGAAAGAAAUGAAUGAGCGGACUCAGGAAGAAUUAAGAGAAUUAGCUAAUAAGUACAAUGGAGCUGUAAAUGAAAUUAAAGAUCUUUCUGACAAGCUAAAGGUAGCGGAAGGAAGACAAGAAGAAAUCCAACAGAAAGGCCUGGCUGAGAAAAAGGAAUUGCAGCAUAAAAUAGAUGAAAUGGAAGAGAGAGAGCAAGAGCUUCAAGCAAAAAUAGAAGCCUUGCAAGCUGAUAAUGACUUCACCAACGAGCGGCUGACUGCUCUACAAGUACGGUUAGAACAUCUGCAAGAGAAAACUCUUAAAGAACACAACAGCUUAGGCAUACAAGUUGAUGACUUCAUACCUGAAAUUAAUGGGAGCACAGAGAAAGAGCACUUUCUUUCAAAGAGUGGAGGGGACUGCACUUUUAUUCAUCAUUUCAUAGAAUGUCAGAACAAGAUCAUAGAUGAAGGACAUCUAACCAAAGUGGAAGAAACAAAGCUUUUAAAAGAGAAUCAAGCAAGAGUCAAAGAAUCGGAUUUGUCAGACACUCUUAGCCCAAGCAAGGAAAAAAGCAGUGACGACACUACAGAUGCCCAAAUGGAUGACCAGGAUCUAAAUGAACCUAUUGCUAAAGUAGCCCUUCUAAAAGAUGAACUGCAGGGUGCACAGUCAGAGACUGAGGCAAAGCAAGAGAUUCAGGAGCUGGACAAGUUGUUCAUUGAAGCCCAAGAGCUAACUAGGACAAGUACACAAAAAUGCUUUGACCAUGAAGCGCUGGUGGAAGCAUUUCGAGUGCAACUUGAAGAAUCUAACAAGCAAAAAGAUGUUCUGCAAGCUCAGUUGCGAGGGUUACAAGAAGAUAUUGAGAAUCUUCGUGAAGAAAAGGAGAAUGAAAUUUCAAGCACUCGAAAUGAGCUAGUCAGAGCUCAAAAUGAGAUUCUGUCACUUCAAAAAGUAGCAGAAAAGACAGCGUCAGAACGAGAUGCAGCUAUUUCUGCAUUGCAAGAUGAGCUGCAAACGGUGCGAGCAGAACUCGAACGGUGCCGGAAAGAUGCCUCCGAUUAUGAAAAAGAAAUUGUCAGUCUGCAAACCAGUUUUCACCUCAGAUACCAGCAGUGGGAGGAGCAGCAGAAGGAAGAGGCUACUCGCUUAAAAGGUGAAGUUGAAAAGUUGAAGGCAGAAUGGAGUGCUCUGGAAGCUGAACGUGUUACGCUAAGCAAAGAAAACACUUUGCUGAAAUCUGAAUUUCAGCGACAAGAGAAGGAGCUUUCUAGCUCUCAGAAACAGAGUUUAGCGCUAACCAGCGAUAUAAGUGUUCUUGAAACGUCUCGAAAGGAACUCGAAAAUCAGAUCGGAUCUUUGAGAGAAAAACAUCAGCGGGAUGCCGCUAGUCUAAAAAGCCAACUCAGUGAAGCUGAAAAUCAAGCAAAAGAUAUUCAGAAGGAGUACGAACGAACACAGACUGUGCUCUCAGAGCUGAAGGCGAAGUUUGAGCAAGAAAACCAGUCGCUCACAGAAGAGCUCCAACAGUGUAAGGAGAACCUGAAGCUGCUACAAGAGAAAGGAAACAAUAGACAAUGGCCUUGGAUGCCUGUGAUGGCAGCUUUGGUUGCUGUAACAGCCGUGGUGCUGUACUCAGGCCUAACCAGAGCUUCUCCAUGAGAACUGUUGUUGAAUCCAUACACCGUCCUCCCUUUAGAAGCUGGCAACAUUCAUAUACUGAGGGAAAACAGAUUAAUUCUCUUCCUUUUUACCUCUUAAUACAGCACAGCUCUGCGUGAGAACAGCAGUAGGGUCAUUUGCUUUAAACUGUAUAAAAUGUAUCUGUCUAUAAAGAGGGAAUAAAAUUGUGAUUCA